AUGUUGAAUAGAGGCGGCAGUUCAGCUUUCAGCCUCUAUUGUGAUCCUAGGGAGAUGAUUCUUGUAGUCUGCAAGAAUGGCGUUCUUGGAGAAGCUGUAGGCGCUGCUAAUUGCGAGGUUUUGAGGACGGCCUUGGGCUUCAAUGCCCACAAUACUUGGUUCGCCUUGUUCACCAAGAUAUCUCCAAUAUUCCUCCUUCGUCUUGGUUAUGUUCAAAGAGGGCUUCUCUUUCCCAAACCAAAUUCAAAGAUUGAACUUGUCUCACGUUUGAAAACUUCUCUUUCUGUUGCUCUCGAUCAUUUUUAUCCUUUUGCUGGUCAACUAGUCAAGGUAAAAAACGAGGACGACGACCAUACUGUCUCUUUUUUUGUCAACUGCGACGGUGGUGGUCCCGGGGUCAAAUUUGUUCACGCCAAGGCUGAAAAGAUCUCUAUCGGUGAUGUCCUUCGAUACGGUUCAGUCGAAAAUGGGUUCUUGAGUUCCUUCUUCCCUGCUUACGGGAUCAAGAAUUAUCAAGGUGUGUCAAACCCGUUACUUAUGGUUCAAGUAACCGAGAUGAAAGAUGGAUUUUUUAUUGGUGUUAGUUAUAAUCACACCGUCGCUGACGAUAGCUCAAUAUGGAUGUUCAUCAAGACAUGGUCAAAGAUUUGUUCAAAAGAUUCAAGAAUCGUCGGACGCCCUAAUCUUCUUCUCAAUGAUUGGUUCUUUGAUGGGAUUGAUUAUCCGAUCAAUAUUCCAGAUCCUGAAAUAGAAGCACCUAGUAGUGAUGUUAGUUCAAGACCAACCGUUUUACAAGAAAUUGCCUUUCAUGUAACAAAUGAGAAUGUUUUGAGACUGAAAGCUAAAGCCAACGAUGAAGCUGGAUCUACUGAUGUGAAUAUAUCUUCUCUCCAAGCCGUGUUAGCACAUAUAUGGGGUUCAACGGUUAGGCUUGAACCUUGA